AUGCUGGCACCAAAGUCGGCUUUCCCCGCGAGCCUCAACACCGCCUCAGCGCUACCACCCGGAGCCUCUCUAGCCACCGCUCCGCCAUCCUCAAGACGGGCACCCAUGGCGCCCAGUGGCACGCAAAACUUCCAAAGCCCGACCGAGUCAGAAUUCAGCGACGCCGAUGGACCCGACUCGGUUAAGAACUGGGACGAGGAGAGGGUCUGCGAGUACCUGCGGAGUGUCAAAUGCGGCGAAUACGAGAAGCUGUUCAGGAAGAACCACAUUAAUGGCGAGAAUCUGUUGGAAAUGGAUAAGGAGGUUCUGAAGGAGAUGGGCAUCGAUAAAGUUGGCGACAGGGUGCGGUUGUUCUUGGGCAUCAAGAAGCUGCGUACCAAAGCCUACGCCAACCAGAAGAAGCGCAACAGGGACUCGUUCGGUGCCCUCGACAUCACCCUGAACGCGCCUUUUGCUACGUCUCCCCGACCGCCCAACAGCCGACCUACCCCGUCGAGCAACAAGCGGUUCUCGAGACAGAUUGACCUCUCAGCCUACGACCCGUCCAAGCCCAGCUCACGACCUUCUUCUCCCGCACAGGACGACCCUCGGAGCGCACGAACUCCACGAUACCCACAAGGCGGUGCCUAUCAUGCUCAACCCUCACGACUGCAGGGUUCAGAAGCCUCCAGCGGUCGUCUUGUCCCUACGCAUACGCGCAACAACUCUAGCAUGGAUGGUUCCUUGAUGGCCGCGCUGCCUCAGAACCAAGAGGUCAUCCGCGUCAUCUCGACAGGUGGUGUCACCAAGGUUGUCAAGAUUGCCGACUGCAACACCUGUGAGGAAGUGAUGCGCGUCACUCUGCGCAAAUUCGCGCUCCGCGAAGACCAUGAACGCAACUACUGUUUCUGGGUCCUUGCCGGUGUGGAUCCGGAUCCCAGCCAGACACGCCGCCUCGGCGACACGGAGCUCUGGCGUAUUAUCAAGGACCAGCGGAGGCCUGAGAGGAACCGGCUCAUCCUCCGACGAGUCCCGGCUGGUGAGCCAGGAGACUCGGAGUUGCAACGAGCGGCCGCGAUCGCCAUGGAGGAGGAGCAGCAGAAGCAUGCGCGGGCGCUGGAGUCUGUGGACAAGCGCAGCCAGCUCAAGGUGCAAAAGGUGCUGGGUGAGAAGUGGCACGAAGGACUGCAGCAGCCACUCUCGCCACUGUCGUUCCAGGACCGCGAGCGGAACGUAUCAAACGCCGCAAAGGAUCUCGAGCGCCCGCGCUCUGGCGACUCCAACCGACCCCAGCGGAGGCAAGCCGAACUUCGCCAAUUCGGAGGCUUGCGACCCCCUAGUGAGCUCAUUGCCUCGGAUCUGACGUCGUAUUUCCCUGGUCACGCUCGGGAAGAUAUUGAUCGCACCGCACGACUCUCCAUGCGAAGGUCAACUCGGCUAAGCAAGGUCAACAGCCGCCUGAGCGUGGCUAGCAAUCUCAGCUUCGCUUCUAGUUUCCAGGAUGCGCCCCCGAUCCCGACUAUUGCGGACUCAUGGCUGAACGGAGGCAACCAGGUGGCCAAGGUGCGAUCGCGCGACUCGCAAGGUCGCCUGCCCCAAAUGUUCAACCGCGACUCGAUAGCUUCGUCCAUGCUCGAUACUCUUCAGGAGGAAUCGCCCGUCGAGCCAAACCGCAAGUCAUAUGUAUCAUUCACCGAAAGCGGCUCCGACACCGCCCCCAUUAGCGUUAUUGACCCUGAGGGGCAAACAGUCAGGAGCAGCUUCUUUGAGACAGAGAGCUCGACAAACUCUGGGUCGUUCCAGGAGGUUAAGCAGGCAUUGUCCGGCGAUGGUGACGAUGCCGACGAGGAGCUGCAGAGCUUCCUCGCCGGCGAGUCCUGGGACGACAACAAGUGGAUGAAGGGAGCCCUCAUCGGCCAGGGGUCCUUUGGCUGCGUUUACCUGGCAUUGCACGCCGUUACGGGCGAGCUGCUUGCCGUGAAGCAGGUGGAGACCCCGGCACCUGGUGCCAACAACCAAUCCGACAACCGCAAGAAGAGCAUGAUUGAUGCGCUCAAGCGUGAGAUCAGCCUCCUGCGCGACCUCCGCCACCCCAACAUUGUGCAGUACCUGGGCUGCAGCUCGUCUGCUGACUACCUGAACAUUUUCCUCGAGUAUGUCCCCGGCGGGUCGGUGCAGACGAUGCUCAACUCGUACGGCGCUCUGCCCGAGCCCCUGGUGCGCAGCUUUGUCCGUCAGAUCCUGACGGGACUCUCAUAUCUGCACAACCAGGAGAUCAUCCACCGCGACAUCAAAGGUGCCAACAUUCUCGUCGACAACAAGGGCACAAUUAAGAUUUCGGAUUUUGGUAUCUCCAAGAAGCUCGAGGCCACCAACAUUCUGAACGGCGCCAACAACAACAAGAACCGCCCCUCGCUUCAGGGCUCCGUGUUCUGGAUGGCGCCCGAGGUCGUCAAGCAGACCUCGUACACGCGCAAGGCAGACAUCUGGUCGCUGGGCUGCCUGGUCGUGGAGAUGAUGACGGGCUCGCACCCGUUCCCGGACUGCAGCCAGCUCCAGGCCAUUUUCAAGAUUGGCGGAGGCCGUGCCGUCCCCACGAUCCCCGACAAUGCGAGCGAGGACGCCAAGGCCUUCCUUGCUCAGACAUUCGAGAUUGACCACAAUCGGCGACCUAGCGCCGACGAGCUCAUGCUCAGCCCUUUCCUGACACCGAUCACUUGA